AUGCGAAAACCGAAAGGUCCCAAACUGUCGCUUGUAUUUGAUGAAGAUAAACGCAGAGAAUAUUUAACAGGUUUUCGCAAACGCAAAUUAGAACGGAAAAAGAAAGGCCGUGAAUUAGCUCAAGCGAAACUAGCCGAGGAGAUCAGGGCGGUAAAAAUGAAGUAUCGUGAGGCGGCACGGAAACGCCUGGCCGGUCUCGGUUUAGCUGACUUUAUGGAAGACAACAACUUAGACACAGUGGUCGCCCAAGAAGAGCGUAUUGUUGGAGAUCGCAAGGUGACCUUUGAACAUAUCGAUUUGAGCAACUCACACUACUUCAUGGGCUCCAACAAAGCUGAUAUUCAACCACAGAUCUUACCCGAUGUGAUAGAAAAGCCUUCGAUGUCUCUCAAAGCGGCACUGAAAAUGAAUCCUUCAAAGAAGAAACUGAGAAAUCGAGGGAUGGUAAAGAAACGACACGGAGCCCAUUCGCGAACCACCGCAAAGAAAAAGCGGCGGUGA